GCUUAUGAUGCUGAAGGCAGUUCACUUGCAGGCAGCUACUAAACUUGCUUAGAAAAGAGCAGCCUUCUCUGUCUUCUUUGCACAAGAAGCAGGUUGAUUUGGAAAAAAAUACAAAGCCUGCUGGUUGUCAAGUUUUCCGGGUUUGGAUGAGUUUUCUCCAGUAGCAGUGACAGAGGUGUGAGGCAGCAAGACCUCCCCAGACGCAGCCAUGCCACCACCAUCAGACAUAGUCAAAGUGGCCAUUGAAUGGCCAGGGGCGUUCCCCAAGCUCAUGGAGAUAGACCAGAAAAAGCCUCUCUUGGCGAUCAUUAAAGAAGUGUGUGAGGGGUGGUCCUUGGGGAACCAUGAAAACUUUGCGCUGCAGAUUGCUGAUGCAACAAAUUUCUACAUCACAGAAAAGAAUCGCAAUGACAUAAAGAAUGGCUCAAUCCUACGCUUGACCACCUCUCCUUACCAGACAGCAGUCCAGCUUCAUGAGCGGAUCCAGUCAUCCAGCAUGGAUGCCAAGCUAGAGGCUUUGAAGGACCUUGCCAAUGCAUCUCGGGACAUCACCUUUGCCCAGGAGUUCAUCAACCUGGACGGCAUCUCUUUGCUCACUCAGAUGGUGGAGAGUGGAAAUGAGCGCUAUCAGAAACUACAGAAGAUUAUGAAGCCCUGUUUUGGUGACCUGCUGUCCUUCACUCUGACGGCCUUUGUGGAGCUGAUGGACCAUGGCAUCGUCUCCUGGGACACUUUCUCUGUGGCCUUCAUCAAGAAGAUUGCCAGCUAUGUGAAUAAGUCAGCGAUGGACACCGCGGUGUUGCAGCGCUCCCUGGCCAUCCUGGAGUCUAUGGUACUCAACAGUCAGGAUCUGUACCACAAGGUUGCGCAAGAGAUCACCAUUGGACAGCUCAUCCCUCAUCUUCAGGGGACUGAUCAAGAUAUUCAGACCUACACUAUUGCUGUCAUCAAUGCUCUCUUCCUCAAAGCUCCUGAAGAGAAGAGACAGGAGAUGGCCCAUAUUCUUGCCCAGAAACAGCUGCGCUCCAUCAUUCUCAGUAAUGUGAUCCGGAGCCCCACACCCAUCAAUGAUGAGAUGGCCCACCAACUGUAUAUGCUGCAGGUGCUCACCUUCAACCUGCUGGAGGACCGCAUGAUGACAAAGAUGGAUCCCCAGGACCAGGCUCAGAGGGACAUCAUCUUUGAGCUGCGAAGAAUUGCCUUCGAUGUGGAAUGUGCGCCCAACAACAGCGGCAGCAUCGAGAAGCGCAAGUCCAUGUACACACGUGACUACAAGAAGCUUGGCUUUAUUAACCAUGUGAAUCCAGCUGUGGAUUUCACCCAGAUUCCUCCAGGCAUGCUGGCUCUGGACAACAUGUUGUAUUUUGCCAGGCACCACCAGGACGCCUACAUUAGGAUUGUCUUGGAGAACAGCAGCCGAGAAGACAAGCAUGAGUGUCCGUUUGGCCGCAGCAGCAUUGAACUGACCAAGAUGCUCUGUGAGAUUCUGAAAGUGGGCGUGCUUCCCAGUGAAAACUGCCACGACUUCCACCCGAUGUUCUUCACUCAUGAUCGCUCCUUCGAGGAAUUUUUCUGCAUCUGCAUCCAGCUGCUCAACAAGACCUGGAAGGAGAUGAGAGCCACAAGUGAAGACUUCAACAAGGUAAUGCAGGUGGUGAGGGAGCAGAUCAUGCGAGCGCUGACUCUCAAGCCUAAUUCCUUGGACCAGUUCAAGAGUCGCCUGCAGAACCUGAGCUACACAGAGAUCCUUAAAAUACGCCAAUCCGAGAGGAUGAACCAGGAAGACUUCCAGUCCCGCCCCAUUUUGGAGCUGCGAGAGAAGAUCCAGCCAGAGAUCAUGGAGCUAAUAAAGCAGCAGAGGCUCAACAGGUUGUGUGAGGGAACGUGCUUCAGGAAAAUCAGUAGUCGCAGGAGGCAAGAUAAGUUUUGGUAUUGCCGUCUAUCGCCAAAUCAUAAAGUCCUCCACUAUGGAGAUCUGGAGGAGUGCCCUCAGGGCGAGGUGCCCCAUGAUUCUUUACAGGACAAAUUGCCUGUGGCUGAUAUCAAAGCUGUUAUAACCGGCAAAGACUGUCCUCACAUGAAGGAAAAGGGAGCCCUGAAGCUAAACAAGGAGGUGUUAGAGCUGGCCUUCUCUGUCCUCUAUGAGUCCGAUGAGUAUUUAAACUUUAUUGCUCCUGACAGGCAUGAGUACUGCGUUUGGACAGACGGUCUAAACGCCCUCCUCGGUAAGGAGAUGACCAGCGAUUACACCAAAUCUGACAUGGACACCCUUCUCUCCAUGGAGAUGAAGCUCCGUCUCUUGGAUUUAGAGAAUAUCCAGAUUCCAGAGGCCCCACCCCCGAUUCCCAAAGAACCUAGCAACUAUGACUUUGUUUAUGACUGUAACUAGAAGACCGACCCAUGAGCCUAAUCCCCAGAUCCACCCGGCACCUAUUGUACUCACUGGACCAGUCCCCUUUUCUUAUCAACUGGAACAAAAAUGAAUAAAACCAUAAGAUAUAAAAAGUGAACUGUGACUGAAACAAAAAGGAUUUAUUGAACUGUUUCCUUAUUACUUCUCACUAGACUUCUAUAAGAGAGUAGUGGUGCAUAUUAAUAGGCUCACUGCACUUGAGGGACUUGGGUCGAUGCAUGGAGUUGAGAGACUGGGAAAUAUAUGUUUGGCCUGUCGUUGGUCGCCCUGAGUCUUCUUCCUCACUCUCCUCCUGUGUCUGUUGUUUCAAAACAUUCGCUUUUUCUUGGCUGAGGCGCCAGCUGUCCUCUUCCUUGAAGAUUUUUGUAGACAAACGCUUAGAAAUGAUACCUUAUUUGGCUUUCUUGUUGUCUUUUUAUGUUUAUUUUAUUAUUUUUCCUCAGGGCUUUUGUGGUGGGAGGGAUGAUGGUUGUGUAGUUCAGGAGCAGGGAAGGACGGGGGAUUUACCGUCAACUUCCCAGCAGUAUUUCCUGUCACAUUCUCACUUACAGUAUUUGUGGCAGCUAAGUGUUUUCCAAAAAGCAGAAAAAAGGUUAAAGUACAUUUUAAGAGAAAGUCUUCUUUGAUAUAGCUUCUUGUAUCCGCUCUGUUAUGCUACUCAUAUACUGAAGACUGUUAAUAAGUCAAUCCUCACAAUCCAGGCACUGUACUACAGUAAACAGCCUUUCUUUUAAAUAUUGUAUUGUUAAUGUUAUUAUCCCACCGCUGCUUAUUGCAUAUUGUACACACCUGCACUGUGGCUUUGCCAAAAACAAACACCAAGCACCACCAUAUUGAAACACACCUACAAACAGCUCGUCUCUCCCUCAUAUGAGUCUGUCGUUGUAAUGACUGCUGUACACAACAUUCCUAAGCAAUAUUUGAGUUUUUUUUUUCUUUAUCAUUUGUAAGAUGGUCAUAACUUUGUGAUUUUGAUAUUGUGAAACUGCCAGGUCAUUGGUAUGAGAAAGAGGAUGUUACUAUUUGGUCAAGGCAAAUUGUCUUUUUGUGUGUUCAUGACUAUAUGGCCACAAAAUUGAAAAUUUAUGUAUUUUUUAAUUUAAAAACAAAUCAUGGUUGUUAUUUUCAGUAUGAUUUAUAUAUUGCCCCUUCCUAUUUAAUACCUUCAAUUUUUUCCUGUAGGAUUUUUGAAAGCCCCUCAAAACUGCUGUUUACAUUAAAGAUUUAA